AUGGAUAUAGAGGAAGUGGAGGGCACCCGCAUUUUGUGCUUCCUUGCGGCAAGGCUUAUAGGUGCCGACCGAGAGGCGCAGACAGGCCAGCGACUGGGAUACGAACUCGGUGCGGUACUGCUGUGCAGCUGCGGAUGGCACACCUGCUGGGCCGCCACGGUGCAACGAUUCAGUCGGGCAGCUAACGGCUCCGACAGUGAUGACGUCAGCAAUGACUCUUGCCACAACGAGGUGGUCACCGAGUGCGUGCGCAAGCUUGACCUGUUGUCACGCAACAAGAGCCUCGCGUUCGCCACCACCGAGGCCGAACUGAAGCGUAUAUGCGACCACCUCACGGACGCCAUGGAAUGCGUGAACGGGUUCACGCGGCGCUGCUUCAACGAGCGACAGCGCGAGAUCUACAGACGGCUCACCAGCGGAGCUGCUCAACUCAUCGAAGACUUCUGCCAGGAAGGGUCCCGGUUCAGAUUGACCUACCUGAAGCAUUCCAAGUGCUACAAGCAGUUACAAGACGACUACAAUUACUGCGCGGCUAUCUACAUGGCACAACGAGCCGGUCUUCAAGGACAGAUGCUGAGCACACAGGAGAAGAUACGACUUUCUUGCUGCCAAAUGGACGGGUACAAGAACUGUGCCAAAGCGGCUGUGCUCCGUCGUUGCAACGCGGAGGCGGCCGAGCUCGCCGAAGACAUCAUCAUCAAGGCUGGUGGAUACCUUGUGUCGACGCACUGUGCCGGGUACCGGGUCGACGAGCCCACUUGCAGCAGUUGCUCUACAAGGCUCGUCCAAACUCUGAGCGCAACAUUGGCGGCUCUCGCAUGCUGCCUUGUUGUCUCCAGGAGACCAUGA